AUGAUAGAAAUCAAGGUCAUGCUGCAACAACUCAUUGGGAAAAAUGGAAAAAUUCAAGAAAAGUUUGCCGCACAUGAUUCGGCUAUUAAAGGAAUUGAAACUCAAUUAGGCCAGUUAUCUAUGGCCUUGAACAAUCGCCCACAAGGAACGUUGCCUGCAGACAUAAACAUCAAUCCAAAGGAGCAGAACCCAAAUCAGCUAAUGGCAGUAAGUCUCAGGAAUGGAAGGGAUUUAGACAGAGAGCAAGAAGUUGUUCAAUCUAGGAGAGACACGGUGCCAAUUUCUCCAGUGACAUUAGAGACUAACGAGUCAAUGGAGCUCAUAGAGGUUGUAAUUGAACAUGCACAAGUUGACAAAGGUAAGGAGAAGGAAUUUGAACAACUCCCAGAACAGGUAGUGGAAAAGGCUCCUAAUAGAGAAAAGACACCAAGCAGUGGGCAGAAGCUAACUCCUGCACCAUUCCCUCAAAGGCUAUGCAAAAAUGAUGAAGGAUAUGAUGUCUCGAAAAUUUCACUUCCAGGACCUAUCUACAGCACUGGCAGAGCUAGAUCGACCUCAAUGUUGCUGCAACUGGCUGAUCGCACAGUCAAAAGGCCGACAGAAAUUCUGGAUGAUGUGCUCGUCCAAGUGGGGAAGUUUUUAUUUCCUGCCGACUUUGUUAUUCUUGACUGUCAAGUUGAUGAAGAAAUACCAAUAAUUUUAGGGAGGUCGUUCUUAGCCACUAGGAGAGCAUUGAUCGAUUAUGAGACAGGAGAGCUAAAAAUGAGGCUGAAUAAUGAAAAAAUAAUAUUCAAUGUUCAACAAUCUAUGAGGAGGCCCAGCAAAGUUGCAAAUUAUUUGCUAGUGGAGGCAGUGGAUGUAAUACUACAAGAGGAGGAUGAGACCCUUAAUGUCAGAGAUCCAUUAGAAGCUUGCUUGAUGAAUUUGGAAGAUGUGGAUGGUGAAGAGUUGGACGAGUGGGUCAUGGCUCUCGAAGGUCAAGGGUUCUGGAAAAGGGAACCCCAAUUCGAGCCACUACACUUAGAAAAAAGACCAACACCACCUGCAAAGCCAUCAAUAGAGGAGCCACCACAGUUGGACCUGAAACCGCUUCCAGCUCACCUCAGGUUGGCAUUUGAGGAGCUGAAGAAGAGACUGGUGACUACACCAAUCAUCGUUGCACCCAACUGGAGCAGUCCUGGGGCAGCGAAAGGACAAGCUGGUGCACCCAAUUUACUAUGCAAGCAGAAUGCUAAGCGAUGCACAGCUAAUUAUACCGUGACUGAGAAAGAGAUGUUGGAUGUGUUGAAAAAGACAGAUAACCAAGUGGCAGACCACCUUUCAAGGUUGGAAGGAGCUGAAAAGAAAGUAGAGGUUGAAGAUAUAACUGAGACAUUCCCGGAUGAACAAUUACUCGCAGUGGAAAUGGAGGAGACGUCAUGGUGUAUCCUCGAGAAAGAUCAACCUUCUGUUUUGCAGGCUUGCCAUUCUUCACCAUAUGGUGGGCACUUUGGAGGAAUUCAGACAUCGACGAAGAUGUUGGAGUCGGGUUUCUAUUGGCCGACUUUAUUCAAGGAUGCCCAUGCUUGGGUGAAAAGUUUUGAUGAGUGCCAAAAGACAGUCAAUAUAUCUCGUCGUCACGAGAUGCCGAUGACUACAAUUAAAGAGGUGGAAGUAUUUGACAUGUGGGGAAUUGAUUUUAUGGGACCAUUUGUUAGCUCAUAUGGUAACAAGUACAUAUUGGUAGCAGUUGACUAUAUCUCCAAAUCGGUUGAAGUUGUGGCCCUUCUAACAAAUGAUGCCAAAUGA